GAAAAAGCUUAUUGGUGCAACUUGCAAGUAGAUUAUGUGAUAGAUUAUAUUGCUUGUAGUCUGUGUUGAGUAGGGAUAGUCAUGGCAGGCAAAAGUGGUUCGAUCAGAUCAACCGAUGACCGGUUUUGAGGUAGGGAGUUAAACAAAUGUCAGGAGAUUGAUAGAUGAACCUUGCAGAAGUCAGUGUUGUGUUCAACUCCGCCGAUUAGCUGGUUGGAAGGGAUUUCUUUCUGCCGUUUUUCUAUCCCUUUUUAUUUUCGAACAGUCUAAUUCUAAUCUAUAUGAUAAAGAUUAAGGUUACACACUAGGUCUAGAGCAAAUACCCAAAUGUGUAUAAGUCCAUAAAUCGUGGAUCGGAGGUGUUGCUCCUGAACCUAUCGGGGAAACCUUGCUCCCCCGAGCUCCCUAAAUGAGCACUGCUCCACUAAACCCCAACUUACUGAUCGAACAACAAAAUCUCAUAAUCUCCCGUCAACGACAGAUAAUCCGAUUCAAUGCAUAUGAAAAAAAUAUCAUUCUAUUCAUAAAUAGUUAAAUACACAAAACUCGUAGACCCAUCGUGAGUAAUAAUAGAUAGACCCAUUAUCGAAUACUGAAGCCCAAUGAUUAGUUUUCGAUGUAAUGUGAAUAAUGGGCCCACGGAAACUAGUUUGGACUUUGGAGUGAAGAAAGCCAGCUAGCUCCCUUCUUCGCUUUCCUAAAACCCGCCUUCAACCCUUUGUUCUUCUUCCACGGACGCAGUUUUUCGCGUAGUAGAAAAAGCUGCUGCCUUCGAAUCGAAAGCUUUGCCCAGUGAGGGAGAAACAAGUAAACAGCUUAGCAAUGAGCUCACUAGCUUCGAGAUUCUCUAGCUUGUUACGAGUCUCUCGUACAAGCUCCCUCGUUUCUUCUUCAGGAGAUUGUGCUCAGAAAAGCUUGAGGGCGUGGUGCUCGUCGGUAUCGUUUGAUGAUGUUAAUAAUAACAAUGAGGUGAAGGCUGAGGAAAUUGAACCCGAGUUUGACGACUUCAUUGGUGACAAGCUGCCUGAUAUGCAACUCCAAGGUGUAGACCCUGGCAAAGGCUGGGGAUUCCGCGGUGUACAUAAGGCAAUAAUUUGUGGCAAAGUGGGACAAACUCCUGUGCAGAAGAUCUUGAGAAAUGGUCGAAGUGUAACAAUCUUUACUGUUGGAACUGGUGGAAUGUUUGACCAGAGACUGUUAGGAGCCAGAGACCUUCCAAAACCAGCACAAUGGCAUCGAAUCGCUGUGCACAAUGAAGCUCUUGGGGCUUAUGCAGUUCAACAAAUCGCCAAAAACUCUACUGUUUUUGUCGAGGGGGACAUUGAAACUAGAGUUUACAAUGACAGCAUUAGUGGAGAAAUAAAAAACAUACCAGAAAUAUGCGUUCGUCGUGACGGUAGAGUACGUCUCAUAAAAGGAGGGGAAAGCAAGACUAACUUCGAUCUUUCCUUCGAGGAUCUCCGAGAAGGAUUGUUUAACUGAUUGUUCAGUUUCCAUAUCACGGGCGAUAGUCAAAUUAACACAAGGAACAAUCCCGGAUCUAGCCAGCUUUGAUGUAAGAGAUUGAGUCAAAAUUGGGAUAACUGUUCGAUGUUUGUGGGAACUUUUCAUCAUCAAUCAGUCUCUUCCUCUCUCUCGUCCUCCCUCCGUGCUUAGUUAGCAAAGGGCUUCAGACCUUUGUGAACGAAGAAUUUUAUGUCUAUAAUCAUUUCUCAAAGCUUGAUUAGUAAAUCCAUAUUUGCUGAUAGUGAUGGAAUUUGGUACUUUAUAUUACGUAUCUAUGCAGUGAUUCAAUAGGAUGGCAAUAGUGUCUACACCAGCUGCGAGAUCCUGAUAAUGGUGUAGUUUUAAUUCUACCUUCACUCACUGUUCUAGAGUAUGCAAGCAAGACCUAAUUUCUAGUAACUUUAACGUCUGCACACGUUCUGGUUUUUCAUUGACAUUCAAUGAUUUUUUAACAUGAUUUAUUCAUCACCUAUUGCUGUGUGUCGAAUGGAUUGGUUUUACUUGUUCUAGGUGUGAUUGCCAAUACCACCAGCCAGAUUUAGGGUUCUUAUUCUGGAGCCAAGUGGCUAUAUGCAGAUGUUAGAGAUGUGGGGAUUUGUGGUUAAGCUUUCUCGUCGCAUCUUAAACCUUUUUUUUUUUUUUUUAAUCUGGAAGGUAAAAUUAGUGUUCUUUUUAUCAGCAAAUUAAAGAUUGACAAGCUGU